CGAGAGGGAGGAUGCGACCCCCGGCCCUGGCUCCCGCCGGGUCCCGGCGACCGGAUGGGCAGCGUCGUGUGCCAGCCGCCCAGGAGCAGGAAGCCGUCCCCACCAUGAGCAGCACUCUGUCGCCCACAGACUUCGACAGCUUGGAGAUCCAGGGCCAGUACAGUGACAUCAACAACCGCUGGGACCUGCCCGACACCGACUGGGACAAUGACAGCAGCUCCGCCCGCCUCUUUGAGAGGUCUCGCAUUAAGGCGCUGGCAGAUGAGCGAGAAGCCGUGCAGAAGAAAACCUUCACCAAGUGGGUGAACUCGCACCUGGCCCGGGUGACGUGCCGGGUGGGAGACCUGUACAGCGACCUCCGGGAUGGGCGCAACCUCCUGCGGCUCCUCGAGGUGCUCUCAGGGGAGACACUGCCAAAGCCCACCAAGGGCCGCAUGCGGAUCCACUGCCUCGAGAAUGUGGACAAGGCGCUGCAGUUCCUGAAGGAGCAGAAGGUGCACUUGGAAAACAUGGGCUCCCAUGACAUCGUCGACGGCAACCACCGCCUGACCCUUGGGCUGGUCUGGACCAUCAUCCUGCGCUUCCAGAUCCAGGACAUCAGCGUGGAGACAGAGGACAACAAGGAGAAGAAGUCAGCCAAGGAUGCCCUGCUGCUGUGGUGCCAGAUGAAGACCGCGGGGUACCCCAAUGUCAAUGUGCACAACUUCACCACGAGCUGGAGGGACGGGCUGGCCUUCAACGCUAUCGUGCACAAACACCGGCCAGACCUGCUAGAUUUUGAGUCCCUGAAGAAGUGCAACGCACACUACAACCUGCAGAAUGCCUUCAACCUGGCGGAGAAGGAGCUGGGGCUGACCAAGCUGCUGGAUCCUGAAGACGUGAAUGUGGAUCAGCCUGAUGAGAAAUCCAUCAUUACCUACGUAGCUACCUACUACCACUACUUCUCCAAGAUGAAGGCCCUGGCUGUGGAAGGCAAAAGAAUUGGCAAGGUGCUGGACCACGCCAUGGAGGCCGAGCGCCUGGUGGAGAAGUACGAGUCCCUGGCCUCCGAGCUGCUGCAGUGGAUCGAGCAGAUGAUCGUGACCCUCAAUGACCGCCAGCUGGCCAACUCCCUGAGCGGGGUCCAGAACCAGCUGCAGUCCUUCAAUUCCUACCGCACUGUGGAGAAGCCACCCAAGUUCACUGAGAAGGGGAACUUGGAGGUGCUGCUGUUCACCAUCCAGAGCAAGCUGCGGGCCAACAACCAGAAGGUGUACACGCCCCGCGAGGGCCGGCUCAUCUCCGACAUCAACAAGGCCUGGGAGCGGCUGGAGAAAGCGGAACACGAGCGGGAGCUGGCCCUGCGCACGGAGCUGAUCCGCCAGGAGAAGCUGGAGCAGCUGGCCGCCCGCUUUGACCGGAAGGCCGCCAUGCGGGAGACCUGGCUCAGCGAGAACCAGCGCCUGGUGUCGCAGGACAACUUUGGGCUGGAGCUGGCGGCGGUCGAGGCCGCGGUGCGGAAGCAUGAGGCCAUCGAGACGGACAUCGUGGCCUACAGCGGCCGGGUGCAGGCGGUGGACGCCGUGGCCGCCGAGCUGGCCGCCGAGCGCUACCAUGACAUCAAGCGCAUCGCCGCCCGGCAGCACAACGUGGCACGGCUGUGGGACUUCCUGCGGGAGAUGGUGGCUGCCCGGCGAGAGCGGCUCCUCCUCAACCUGGAGCUGCAGAAGGUGUUCCAAGACCUGCUCUACCUCAUGGACUGGAUGGAAGAGAUGAAGGGCCGGCUGCAGUCCCAAGACCUGGGCAAGCACCUGGCGGGAGUGGAGGACCUGCUGCAGCUGCACGAGCUGGUGGAGGCGGACAUCGCUGUGCAGGCCGAGAGGGUGCGCGCCGUCAGUGCCUCCGCGCUGCGCUUCUGCACCCCGGGGAAGGAGUACAGACCCUGUGACCCGCAGCUGGUGCAGGAGCGAGUGGCGACCCUGGAGCAGAGCUACGAGGCGCUGUGCGAGCUGGCGGCCGCCCGGCGGGCCCGCCUGCAGGAAUCGCGGCGCCUCUGGCGGUUCCUCUGGGAGGUGGGCGAGGCCGAGGCCUGGGUGCGGGAGCAGCAGCACCUCCUGGCCUCGGCCGAGACGGGCCGCGACCUGACUGGAGUCCUCCGCCUGCUCAACAAGCACGCGGCCCUGCGGGGCGAGAUGAGCGGCCGCCUGGGGCCCCUGAAGCUCACCCUGGAGCAGGGCCAGCAGCUGGUGGCCGAGGGCCACCCCGGAGCCGGCCAGGCUGCAGCCCGCGCGGCUGAGCUCCAGGCCCAGUGGGAGCGGCUGGAGGCCCUGGCUGAGGAGCGCGCCCAGCGGCUCUCGCAGGCCGCCGGCCUCUACCAGUUCCAGGCAGACGCAAACGACAUGGAGGCCUGGCUGGUGGAUGCUCUGCGCCUGGUGUCCAGCCCCGAGGUGGGGCACGAUGAGUUCUCCACCCAAGCCCUGGCCAGGCAGCACCGGGCCCUGGAAGAGGAGAUCCGAGGCCACCGGCCCACGCUGGAUGCACUGAAGGAGCAGGCGGCGGCCCUGCCUGCCGCCCUGAGCCGCGCGCCCGAGGUGCAGGGCAGGGUGCCCGCCCUGGAGCAGCACUACGAGGAGCUGCAGGCCCGGGCAGGCGAGCGAGCGCGGGCCCUGGAGGCGGCCCUGGCGCUCUACACCAUGCUCAGCGAGGCUGGGGCCUGCGGGCUCUGGGUGGAGGAGAAGGAGCAGUGGCUCAACGGGCUGGCCCUGCCUGAGCGCCUGGAGGACCUGGAGGUGGUGCAACAGAGGUUCGAGACCCUGGAGCCGGAGAUGAACGCCCUGGCGGCACGCAUCACCGCGGUGAAUGGCAUUGCGGGGCAGCUGCUGGCCGCCAACCCGCCGGGCAAGGACCGCAUCGUCAGCACCCAGGAGCAGCUCAACCGCAGGUGGCAGCAGUUUCGGGCCCUGGCAGACGGCAAGAAGGCGGCGCUCACGUCGGCCCUGAGCAUCCAGAACUACCACCUGGAGUGCACCGAGACCCGGGCCUGGAUGAGAGAGAAGACCAAGGUCAUCGAGUCCACCCAGGGUCUGGGCAACGACCUGGCUGGGGUGCUGGCCCUGCAGCGGAAGCUGGCGGGCACCGAGCGGGACCUGGAGGCCAUCGCUGCCCGCGUCGGAGAACUGACCAGAGAGGCGAACGCCCUGGCCGCCAGCCAUCCAGCCCAAGCCUCCGCCAUCAACGCCCGCCUCACAGAGGUGCAGACGGGCUGGGAGGACCUCAGGGCCACCAUGCGGCGCCGCGAGGAGUCGCUGGGUGAGGCGCGGCGGCUGCAGGACUUCCUGCGCAGCUUGGAUGACUUCCAGGCCUGGCUCGGCCGCACGCAGACCGCCGUGGCCUCCGAAGAAGGGCCGGCCACCCUGCCUGAGGCCGAGGCGCUGCUGGCCCAACACGCAGCGCUGCGGGGAGAGGUGGAGCGGGCCCGGGGCGAGUACAGCCGGCUGCGGACCCUGGGCGAGGAGGUGACCCGAGACCAGGCAGACCCCCAGUGCCUCUUCCUGCGACAGCGGCUGGAAGCCCUAGGAACCGGCUGGGAGGAGCUGGGCCGCAUGUGGGAGAGCCGGCAAGGCCGCCUGGCCCAGGCCCACGGCUUCCAGGGAUUCCUGCGGGAUGCUCGCCAGGCCGAGGGUGUGCUCAGCAGCCAGGAGUAUGUCCUGUCGCACGCGGAGAUGCCGGGCACGCUGCAGGCCGCCGACGCCGCCAUCAAAAAGCUGGAAGACUUCAUGAGCACCAUGGACGCCAGCGGGGAGCGGAUCCGCGGGCUCCUGGAGGCCGGGCGUCAGCUGGUGUCCGAGGGCAACAUCCACGCCGAGAAGAUCCGGGAGAAGGCAGACUCCAUCGAGAAGAGACACAGGAAGAACCAAGAAGCAGCGCAGCAGCUCUUGAGCCGCCUGAGGGACAACCGAGAGCAACAGCGCUUCCUGCAGGACUGCCACGAGCUGAAGCUCUGGAUCGACGAGAAGAUGCUGACGGCCCAGGACGUGUCCUAUGACGAAGCCCGCAACCUGCACACCAAGUGGCAGAAGCACCAGGCGUUCAUGGCCGAGCUGGCCGCCAACAAGGACUGGCUGGACAAGGUGGACAAGGAAGGGCGGGAGCUGACCCUGGAGAAGCCGGAGCUGAAAGCCCUGGUGUCGGAGAAGCUGGCCGACCUGCACAGGCGCUGGGACGAGCUGGAGACCACCACCCAGGCCAAGGCCCGAAGCCUCUUUGAUGCCAACCGAGCCGAGCUGUUUGCCCAAAGCUGCUCCGCCCUGGAGAGCUGGCUGGAGAGCCUGCAGGCCCAGCUGCACUCGGACGACUACGGCAAGGACCUCACCAGCGUCAACAUUCUGCUCAAGAAGCAGCAGAUGCUGGAGCGGGAGAUGGCCGUGCGGGAGAAGGAGGUGGAGGCGAUCCAGGCCCAGGCCAAAGCGCUCGCCCAGGAAGACCAGGGCGCAGGGGAGGUGGAAAGGACCUCCCGGGCCGUGGAGGAGAAGUUCAAGGCCCUGUACCAGCCCAUGAGGGAACGCUGCCGGCGCCUGCAGGCCUCUCGCGAGCAGCACCAGUUCCACCGCGACGUGGAGGACGAGAUCUUGUGGGUGACGGAGCGGCUCCCUAUGGCGAGCUCCAUGGAACACGGCAAAGACCUGCCCAGCGUCCAGCUCCUCAUGAAGAAAAACCAGACCCUGCAGAAGGAGAUCCAGGGCCACGAGCCGCGGAUUGCUGACCUGACGGAGCGGCAGCGAGCUCUGGGCACUGCGGCGGCAGGCCCCGAGCUGGCCGAGCUGCAGGAGAUGUGGACGCGCCUGAGCCGCGAGCUGGAGCUCCGCGGAACGCGGCUGGAGGAGGCCCUGCGGGCGCAGCAGUUCUACCGGGAUGCCGCCGAGGCCGAGGCCUGGAUGGGCGAGCAGGAGCUGCACAUGAUGGGCCAGGAGAAAGCCAAGGAUGAGCCGAGCGCCCAAGCGGAGGUCAAGAAGCAUCAGGUGCUGGAGCAAGCCCUGGCCGACUACGCCCAGACCAUCCACCAGCUGGCAGCCAGCAGCCAAGAGAUGAUCGACCAGGACCACCCUGAGAGCACGCGGCUGUCGAUCCGCCAAGCCCAGGUGGACAAGCUGUACGCCAGCCUGAAGGAGCUGGCGGGCGAGCGGCGGCAGCGCCUGCAGGAGCACCUGCGGCUGUGCCAGCUGCGCCGCGAGCUGGACGACCUGGAGCAGUGGAUCCAGGAGCGGGAGGUGGUGGCGGCCUCCCACGAGCUGGGCCAGGACUACGAGCACGUGACCAUGCUCCGGGACAAAUUCCGCGAGUUCUCCCGCGACACGAGCACCAUUGGCCAGGAGCGCGUGGACAGCGCCAACACGCUGGCCAACGGGCUCAUUGCCGGGGGCCACGCGGCGCGGGCCACCGUGGCAGAGUGGAAGGACAGCCUGAACGAGGCCUGGGCCGACCUGCUCGAGCUGCUGGACACGCGCGGUCAGGUGCUGGCCGCUGCCUACGAGCUGCAGCGCUUCCUGCACGGGGCUCGCCAAGCCCUGGCGCGGGUGCAGCACAAGCAGCAGCAGCUGCCCGACGGCACUGGCCGCGACCUCAACGCGGCCGAAGCCCUGCAGCGCCGGCACUGCGCCUACGAGCACGACAUCCAGGCCCUCAGCGCCCAGGUGCAGCAGGUGCAGGAUGACGGGCUCCGGCUGCAGAAAGCCUACGCCGGAGACAAAGCCGAGGAGAUCGGCCGGCACAUGCAGGCGGUGGCCGAGGCCUGGGCGCAGCUCCAGGGGAGCUCAGCCGCCCGCCGCCAGCUGCUGCUGGACACCACCGACAAGUUCCGCUUCUUCAAGGCCGUGCGGGAGCUGAUGCUCUGGAUGGAUGGGGUUAACCUGCAGAUGGACGCCCAGGAGCGGCCCCGGGACGUGUCCUCCGCGGAUCUGGUUAUCAAGAACCAGCAAGGCAUCAAGGCGGAGAUAGAGGCCAGAGCCGACCGCUUCUCAUCCUGCAUCGACAUGGGACAGGAGCUCCUGGCCAGGAGCCACUACGCGGCCGAGGAGAUCUCAGAGAAGCUGUCCCAGCUGCAGGCCCGGCGCCAGGAGACAGCUGACAAGUGGCAGGAGAAGAUGGACUGGCUUCAGCUCGUUCUGGAGGUGCUCAUGUUUGGGAGAGACGCGGGGAUGGCAGAGGCCUGGCUGUGCAGCCAGGAGCCCCUGGUGCGGAGCGCGGAGCUGGGCUGUACGGUCGACGAGGUCGAGAGCCUCAUCAAGCGGCACGAAGCCUUCCAGAAGUCGGCGGUGGCCUGGGAGGAGCGCUUCAGCGCGCUGGAGAAGCUCACUGCGCUGGAGGAGCGAGAGAAGAGGAAGCAGGAGGAGGAGGCACGGCGGAAGCAGCCCCCCGCCGCCGAGCACCCGACAGGUCUGCCCACCGGGAGCCUGGGGGACGGCCAGACGGCUGCCGACGCUGCCUGGGACCGGGCCCAGCCGCGGCUGCCAGCAUCCACACCGGCGCCCAGCGUGAAUGGGGUCUGCACAGACGCCGAAGCCUCACAGGGGGCUGGUGCAGGGGAUGAAGUCAACGGGCUGCAGGGAGAGCAGCAGGCCCGGCCCCGCGGCCCGGCCGCGCCCACACUGCCCCAGAGCAGGUCGUCAGAGUCCGCACAGGCAGCCACCCUGCCGGCUCGCGGCCCGGAGCUCUCAGCCCAGGAGCAGAUGGAAGGCAUGCUGUGUCGCAAGCAGGAGAUGGAGGCCUUCGGCAAGAAGGCGGCCAACAGGUCCUGGCAGAAUGUGUACUGUGUCCUGCGGCGCAGGAGCCUGGGCUUCUACAAGGACGCGAAGGCGGCCGGUGCGGGAGUGCCAUACCACGGGGAAGUGCCCGUCAGCCUGGCCAGGGCCCAGGGCAGCGUGGCCUUUGACUAUCGGAAGCGCAAGCAUGUCUUCAAGCUGGGCUUACAGGAUGGAAAAGAGUAUUUAUUCCAGGCCAAGGAUGAGGCGGAGAUGAGCUCGUGGCUGCGCGUGGUGAACGCGGCCAUUGCCGCCGCCUCCUCGGCCUCUGGAGAGCCGGAGGAGCCAGCAGCGCCCAGCGGCACUCGAGGCAUGACCCGGGCCAUGACCAUGCCCCCCGUGUCCCCGGCCGGGGCCGAGGGGCCCGUCGUGCUGCGCGGCAAGGAUGGCCGAGAACGAGAGCGAGAGAAGCGCUUCAGCUUCUUCAAGAAGAACAAGUAGCUGAGGGCAGGCAAGAUCCGGCCAGGCCGGCUCCCCACUCUGUGUUCAGGAAACUGCCAGGACUGUCGACAGGGACCGCCCUCUCGUCAGGACAACUGCCUGCUGCUAGGGUCUGUUGCCAAGGCCAGCCCAUCACCAGGGACUGUCACUUGGGACAAGCCCGUGUUCCCAGGAGCAACCCUCCUCUUCUGCUGUUUGACUCCAGACUGGUGGUGGGACCCAGGCAACCCCCAGUCCUCCCUCCCGCUCGCCCCUCUUCCCUCCGGCCCCACCUUAUGCCUCCACCCCCGCUGCCAUGCGGAUGACGUAGGCCACGAGGCAGGGGGCCGUGCGCCCCGGCCUCGCCACCGUUCUCCCACCACAGCUCCGGCAAGCCAUCCGCCACCUGGCUCCCUGCCCCUGGGGACUGGCCAGGAACCUCCCAGAGCUGAAGCAGGACCUGGGGGCGGGAGUCCCAGGUGACAGAGCCAGAGGCGUCAAGGCGCGCCCCUUCCCUCCCCUCCCCCUCGGACUCUAGUGGCCACUCCGUGUCUGGCUGCUGACAGUGGCCUGCAGGAUGAGCUGUUCAGGGACAACCGCAGCCUUGAGUCUGGCCGAGGAGGGGAUUAAACAGCUCAGCCGCUUCUGCUGCUUCCGGGUGUCUUUGCUUUCCUGACCGCAGCCCCUCUGCCCCGGCCCAGGCCCCUCGCUGUGGCCCCGGCUCCUGUGUGCCCGGCCCAGGCCCCUCCGUGUGGCCCGGGCUCCUGUGUGCUGGCUCUGCCCUGGCCCAGGCCCCUCGCUGUGGCCCCGGCUCCUGUGUGCUGGCUCUGCCCCGGCCCAGGCCCCUCGCUGUGGCCCCGGCUCCUGUGUGCUGGCCUGCCCCGGCCCAGGCCCCUCCGUGUGGCCCGGUCUCCUGUGUGCUGGCCUGCCCCGGCCCAGGCCCCUCCGUGUGGCCCCAGGCUCCUGUGUGCUGGCCUGCCCCGGCCCAGGCCCCUCGCUGUGGCCCGGUCUCCUGUGUGCUGGCUCUGCCCCGGCCCAGGCCCCUCCGUGUGGCCCCAGGCUCCUGUGUGCUGGCUCUGCCCUGGCC